ACUGGACGUUUAGCAUGGUCAAACUAACCUCACUUAGAGCAACAUUAACGGGUUAUUGCUAAUUAUUGUGUAACAAUAGUUAAUAGUUAAAAUGACUCUGCUCAACGUUAUUGUAAAAAUUUCGAGGAAUGGUUUAACCCAAAACGUCCGAACCUUAUGCACCAUCCCACCCAUCAAAAUAAAAAAGAAACUGGGCUUUAUUGGGGACGGCAACAUGUCGAAAGCCCUCUGCAGAAGCAUCCAACAAAAAGGCCUCAUCGACUACUCCCAGGUUUUUGUGUCAAGCCCCUACAUCCAAAAUUUGACAGUGUGGAAAGACGCCGGUGCCAACAUCACCACCAACAACUCAGAAGUAGCCGAAAAAGCCGACAUAAUCUUUUUGGCCGUAAAACCCCACCUACUGAACGAAAUCCUGGAUAAGAUUAUCCAAGACUCGAAAAACCGCCCCAUUAAGAAUAAACUCUUCCUGUCGAUUUUGGCGGGAAUUAAACUGAACGAACUGGAAGAGAAAAUCCAGCACUUUUCUGGGUCGAGGGUGGUCCGAGUUAUGCCCAACACACCCAUGGUCGUGGGCGAAGGUUGCACUAUAUACUGUCCCGGCCACAAUGUAACCCAAGACGAUCUUUCUCUCAUCCAGUCACUGUUAGAAGUGACAGGACUUUGUGAACAGCUGCCGGAAAAAAUGAUCAACGCUCUAGCGGCGAUUUCGAGUAGCGGGCCUGCGUUUGUCUACUUGUUUAUAGAGGCGCUAUCAGAUGGUGGCGUCCGCAUGGGUCUUCACAGAGAAAUGGCGACUAAGUUUGCCGCUCAGACUGUUCUGGGGGCGGCGAAAAUGGUCCUAGAGACUGAUAAACACAUGGGGAUUUUAAAAGACGAGGUGUGUUCGGCUGGGGGGAUGACCAUUGCUGGAAUACACGCUCUGGAACGGGGUGCUGUGAGGGGGCAUGUGAUGAGUGCCGUGGAGGCGGCGGCUAAGCGAGCAGACGAACUGGCCAAAUAAGCAGAAACUCCUAUGAAAUAUUAUUGUUACUCCAAAAAAUAAAUAAAACAAAAAUAAGUUACAAUGUGUGUCAAUACUUAAACAAAACAAAUAAAAACUCAAUAUAAUUGCUCUAAAUUACUAUCUAUCGCUACGAUUCUCCCAUCGAAGAUAAAAACCACUUUAUCAAUUCCGAGUCGCUUUAGUUUUUGUUGUGUUAUUAACACCGACUUCCUAAUCCACAAUGAACACGUAUUUAACCAUUAUGUUACCCAUUUCGGGGAUAUAUUUCAUAGUUAUGGUGGUCAUACUGUGGGCGUACAUAAAAGCGAAAAGAAAAUACAAAAAAAUGAUAAAAGAUGGUUUUUACUUCAUUUGGAACCGUGGAAGCUUUCUGGGUGUGUCUCCAGAAACGGCUGAGCUAAUGGGGCUAACGGCGCACCUGGAUACCGCUAACAGUAACAUAGCGAGUCAGCUAUAAAAUUUUGACUCAUUCUCUUAAUCGCUUCAUCGCUGUUAAUUUUUUAUCAUUAGAGAUAAAAGAUAAGGGUAAUUAGAUAGAACUAAUUCUAAGUGUACUGAUACUGUUUGACGCAAUAAAAAUGGAGUUUUUGUAAAGCGUUCGUUUAAAUUCCCAAAAUGGAACUGUAUAUUAUAGUGCUUCUUCCGAUUUCAUCUAUAUUUUUGUUGUGUAUGUUGGUGCUAUUGAUUUUGUAUGAAAGAGUGAAGCGGCAGACACUGCAGAUGAUAAGUGGAGGUUACUAUUUCAUUGCCAAGGGCGACAGUUACUUAGGUAUACCCCCUGAGGUUGUCGAAGAAGCUGGUUUGAUGGGUCCAAAUACGAACAACAAUCAAAGAACAACUAAUUCGUGAUAAAAUGUGUAGGAACCUCACGUGACAUACCAAUACAGGUGUACAACUUUAAUUUUUAAUGAUCUUAUUAACAUGACUUCAAGGCAAUUUUGUCCUUGUGCGUAAUUUAAUUUUUUCUUUAUACUUAUAAUCAACCAUAUCUUAAUAAAUCUCAUAUCUGUGA